CGUUUAGUAUUCCUAACAUCAACAAUCACACGACAAUUCAUUAGUUUUCCCCACGAGAAAACCAAGUGAAAUACAAAAGUUCGUUUGUGGGCAAGUUUUUGUGCGUUUUCAGUGUUUAGUUCACAGUUUUUGUUGAUUUAGGACAUUCAGCUCGAACCGCGAGUCCCGCAGCAGCGGUGAUGCCUCCCCCUCUCCCUCCGGCCACAAGGAGACCCCAGACAUGAACCGGGAGAACGUCUCCAACAAGAUCGCCGCCGGCAUGGACCGCUGGCACACCACCCUGGAAGACAUGAUCCAUCUGCGGUCCUCGAAUAAUCAGGUCUUCAAAGAUAACUAUUGGGCCCAGAACGGCUUUGACGAACUUCGGCGGUACGUGAAACAGGGCAGUGACUUUAGUAAGGAACUGGCGGCGAUAUUACAAGAAAGGGUUGAGGCAGAAAAUUACUACUCCAAAUGUCUGGCGAAACUAGGGGCCAAGUUGAGCAAGGCGUGCAAGGAGAGUGUCGGCUCGUGCGCCGAAGCGUGGAAGCAUGUCGCUUUGGAAAUGGAGAAACGGUCAGAAAUCCAUAGGAAUUAUUCAAAUUCUUUAGCUGAUGAAUUAGUUAAACCAAUGAAAUAUGUCACUGACGCGCAAUUAAAACUUAGGAAAAAGAUCGAAGGUAAUGUCGAUAAAACUACGCGGGUGCUAACAGAAUGGAGGACAACGGAGGCAAAGUCCAAAAAGCAGUCGCACGCGGCGGCGCGGGAGAAUGAAAAGUUGCAAGAUGCAACCCUGGACAUGAGCCGGAUAUCGCGCAGUUCAAGUGUGGGCCACAUACCUCAUUCUAUACUUAGUACAGCGAGAGCAGAACGGCUGGCCAACGCGACGAGUGAAAAGGACGCAGCUAAACUCCAGGUGAAGAAGAGAAAGACAGAAGAUGCUGUGAAGAAGACUGAAGUUGAAUAUUACAAUGUGUGCGUGCAAUCUGAAAGAGCUAGGUUAGAAUGGGAGACCAGCGUAGUCAAGGGAGCUGGCAUGCUGGAGUCCCUGGAAGAGGAGAGGCUAGCUCAACUCAAGUCAGCCGCAGACUGCUAUUUGAGGCUAACUUCAGCCGUGCCACCUCAGUUAGCUGAUGUAACAAAUUCACUAGUAGGACCGAUCAACAACGCUAAGGCUAAUGUUGACAUGAGGGUAGUUCGAGGGGUGAGGUCCGUGCCGGCGGGAGCGAGCGAGCAGUUGCUACCAGACUUCUAUUGCGAGCACACCACCUUGGCUAUGAACAGGGAACGACGCAAGCUGGCAUUGAUGAAGAUUCUCCAGUUGGUGAAGCAAGACAUCGACCGGGAGCGCAAGUCCAAACAAGGCUUGGAGAAGCUGUCCAUGGCCAUCAAGCAGACGCCGACCUUCGGCAAUGACGACUCACAACAGAAUGUUGCUGACAAGUUGUAUCAUGUGCGGUCGAUGCUCACUUACUUGGAAGCCGUUCGAUACAAGAUCUCUUCGAGUCUCAGCGAGCUGGACAGCCGGCCACCAGCGAAGCACCCGCUCGCUACACACAUACAAAUAGUCAGAGACAAGCAGGGCUUGCAACAGAGUGUACUUAAGGUCCCGCCAUGGCUCCAAACAGAUUACCAAAACGAGGUGAACAAAAACUUGCAACCAAACUACACUGCGCUCACGAAGAGUGUGACGGGUGGGGAAGAAAGAGAGAGGCGAGACUCAAUCAUGAGCCGGGCUUCGAGCAAGCUGCGUAUAGAGCACCUGUCGUUUAGGAGGAAUACGGAGAACAAGAGUGCACCGGUGACGCCUGUUCUGACCGACAUCCCCGCCCCACCCAAAAAGUCUCAGUCAGUCGAUGCUCCUGCGCCGCCAGAAAGCCCCUUGGAUUGGGGAGAAAGGGGUGCGGGCGAUGGAUUGUCAAAUCAACAUGACAGUGAUUUUGAUGAAUUCUCGUCUCAAAGUGACAGCUCGACGGACUUAACGGAUAUAAUAAAGACUGAUCAGACGGACACGCCGGCGCCGACUCCGUGUAUAGGCAGAUGUCGAGCUCUGUACACUUACGAGGCGAGACUCAAUGACGAACUUACUUUAUCACCAGGAGACAUCAUUAACAUUCACGACAAGCAGGACGACGGCUGGUGGUCAGGAGACAUCAACGGAUCCUAUGGCAUCUUCCCGUCUUCUUACGUCGAAGAAAUCACAACGUGCAUAUGAUUUUCUGAAUAUUGCAUAGUUUCAUUUUGUGUCUAAAAAAUCAGUAUCUAAAGUCUAUAAAGAGUAAUGAGUAAA